GCGGGCCGAGUGCUCCCAGCCGGGAGGUGACCUGCAGCCCCACCGUGCGGCCGCAGCAGGCUCCUGCAAGCGGCCGAGAGCUUCGGGGGUGCCCACAGCCUCCCACCAGCGCCCCUUAGCGGCGGUAAUAUUGACGAAGAAACAACAGGGGGCAUUUAUUUGAACUUUCGCCACAAGCUAAGCACCGCGCCCACUGCUGCCCAGUUAUUUAUUCCCAUCUCACAGAAAAGAAUUCCGAGACCCGAGCGAACUUGUCCAAGUAACUCUGGAUGGAGAGAACCGGCCAGGCACUGUCCCAGCCUUUUACUAGAUCCUCGGAAAUCUGGAGCAGGCCGUUCCCAAGCCCUCCCAUCUUCCUGGAGCUCUAGUGUCUCCUACCUCUCCAUUUUGAAUGAAAAUGGUGUCCUGACUACAAAGGUCAGGAGCCAAGGGUUUGUCUUCUCAGAUGCCCAGGGACCUUGGCAGAGAAAGGGUCUAAGAAUCAGAACAUGGAAACUGGGUGGUUCCGGCUUCCUGGAAGGGCGAAGGGGGAGGGGGUAAUGCCCUACACACCACUGGAGUUCUAGGCCUGCUCUGCCUCCAACUGCCUCCAUGACACCGGGACGCCCUUUCUUAUCAGGACUUCAACCUCCCUGGUAAAAUGGGAGGCUUCUAGAUUAUCUCCCCUCCCAUUAUCUCCACCACACACAGCUGCCUUCUGCCCCACCCAAACCAGCGCUGGCAUUCCUAAUGAAGCCUUGAACUGAGACUUGAAAACCCCGGGUGGACACCGUGGUCCAUCCCCUGAGCUUCCUCUGGAGCUCGGACCUGAACUAGGUCCUUAUGACCUCAGCAGGUGGGAGCCCGCUGAGCAGAGAAAGGCUCCAUGUCUCCAACAAAGGCCCCGGGGUGGGGAGGGGACUGCAUUAUGAUGACCUCAUCCAUUCUGUGACAUCAGCCUCUCUCCUACCCCCCACCCCCACUCCUCUCUGGUCAGCUGCUCUGGAAACAACCAUCAGUCCGAAUCCCAAAGGCCUGAAAAAGUCUGUCCUCCAGUCCCUGCUACUGAUCUCUGUCUCAGCCAACGAGGAAGCACCAUGAAACUGGAAUUCACAGAGAAAAACUACAACAGCUUUGUGCUGCAAAACUUGAACAAACAGAGGAAGCGCAAAGAGUACUGGGACAUGGCCCUGACUGUGGACCACCACGUCUUCUUCGCACAUCGCAACGUGCUGGCUGCUGUCUCUCCACUGGUAAAAAGUCUCAUCUCCAGCAACGACAUGAAGACCACCGACGAGCUCUUCAUCACCAUUGACCCCAACUACCUGAGCGCCUGCACGGUGGACCAGCUCCUGGACUACUUCUACAGCGGCAAAGUGGUGAUCUCAGAGCAGAACGUGGAGGAGCUGCUGCGGGGCGCUCAGUAUUUCAACAUCCCACGCCUCCGGAUUCACUGCAAUGACUUCCUUAUUAAGUCCAUUCGACGUGCCAACUGCUUGCGCUACCUCUUCUUGGCUGAGCUGUUCGAGCUCAAAGAAGUAUCAGACUUGGCCUACUCCGGCAUUCGUGACAACUUCCACUUCUGGGCCAGUCCCGAGGGCUCUAUGCACUUCAUGCGCUGCCCCCCUGUCAUCUUCGGCCGCCUGCUCCGUGAUGAAAACCUUCAUGUGCUCAACGAGGACCAGGCCCUCAAUGCCCUCAUCAGUUGGGUGUACUUCCGGCAGGAGGAACGGGAAAAAUACUUCAAGAAGUUCUUCAAUUACAUCAAUCUCAAUGCUGUCUCCAACAAGACGCUGAUGUUUGCCAGCAACAAGCUGACGAGUUUGGAGAACAACUCCGCCCACGUGACCUUGAUCGAGAGUGUCCUAAUGGACCGCAAGCAGGAGCGUCCCUGCAGCCUGCUGAGCUACCAGCGGAAGGGGGCCCUGCUUGAUUCAGUGGUCAUCCUUGGUGGCCAGAAGGCCCAUGGCAAGUUCAACGAUGGAGUGUUUGCUUAUAUCAUCCAGGAGAACCUGUGGCUGAAGCUCUCAGAGAUGCCCUACCGCGCAGCCGCCCUGAGUGCAACAGCCGCCGGCCGUUACAUCUAUAUCUCCGGUGGCACCACUGAACAGAUUUCAGGACUCAAGACGGCAUGGCGGUAUGACAUGGAUGACAACUCCUGGACCAAGCUACCCGACCUACCCAUUGGGCUUGUCUUCCACACCAUGGUGACCUGCGGGGGAACCGUGUACUCAGUGGGUGGGAGUAUUGCCCCACGCCGGUAUGUCUCCAACAUCUACCGCUAUGAUGAACGGAAGGAGGCCUGGUGCCUGGCAGGGAAGAUGAGCAUCCCUAUGGAUGGCACAGCAGUGAUCACCAAGGGUGACCGGAACCUGUACAUUGUCACUGGACGAUGCCUGGUGAAGGGCUACAUCUCCCGGGUCGGUGUAGUGGACUGCUUUGACACCACCACAGGGGAAGUGGUCCAGUGUAUCACUUUCCCCAUUGAAUUCAACCACCGGCCCCUGCUCUCUUUCCAUCAGGACAACAUCCUCCGUGUGCACAGCCACCGGCAGAGCGUGGAAAUCAACUUACAGAAGAUAAAAGCCAACAAGUCAACAUCCUCAGUGCCUCUGCUGCCUAACAGCUGUCCCUUGGACGUGUCCCAUGCUAUCUGCUCCAUUGGAGACAACAAGGUAUUUGUAUGUGGGGGUGUCACCACAGCCAGCGAUGUCCAGACAAAGGACUACACCAUCAAUCCUAAUGCUUACUUGCUGGACCAAAAGAUAGGUGAAUGGAAGAUCAUCGCCUCCCCACCUGAGGCCCUGGACUGUCCUGCCUGCUGUUUAGCCAAGCUACCUUGCAAGAUUCUUCAAAGAAUUUAAACAACUUUUUAAGUGGGAGAAUAAGUAAAUGCAUUAUUAUUCACAAUUUAAUGACAAAGAGCAAGAGAGGAAA